AUGGGCGAAUUGAUCUUCAUUACCGGGUCAUCUGGGUUUAUUGGAAGUGCCACUGCAUUGGAAGCACUGAAGAGUGGAUAUCGAUUGCGACUUUGUCUUCGAAGACCGUGUAAGAAGCUGGAAGAUUUGCUUUCGGAAUACAGCCAGCAAGUGGAAUAUGUCAUUGUUUCUGACUUGACCAACGAAGCGGAAUUUGCAGGGCAGCUAGAAGGGGCUGACUACGUUAUCCAUAUGAUCACAGCUGUGUUUCGAGAGGCUGCCAAUGUUUCAAGUGUCAAGAAGGUUGUGGUCACAUCGUCUCUCGCAUCAUUGCUUCCACUUGGCCGCUUUCCCGGCGGCAUCGUUAAAGAGGACAAUAAUUGGAACCUGGAGGUGGACGAGGCCGCGGAUUUCACUGUCGCUGAAAAUCCCACUGCAACAGCCUUGAAUCUAUACCAUGCUUCCAAGUUGCUUGCUAACAAGGCAACGUGGAAAUUUCGGAAGGAUCAACGCCCGCACUAUAGCAUAGUGGUAUUGCACCCGGGGUUUACAUUCGGGCACAACUACAUGCAAACGAACGCCGAGGAAAUAAGAUUAACAUCCAAUGAGGGCUUCUGGCAAACCAUCAUGAGCAGCACGCAAGCCACAAGCCUUAAUUGUGUGCAUAUCCAGGAUGUGGCCGAGGCUCAUGUUAAAGCUUUGAGUCCUAAAAUACCUGACGGGUCGUCUUAUCUUCUGGCGCCAAACAAAGUGACUUGGAAGGAGGUAGCAGAGAUAGUUCAUCAAGCUUACCCAGAUUUACAUACAAGGAUCGCCGCAGAUAUGAAGGGCAACCCAUUUUUGCCUUGUGUGUUGACCGACUGCAGUAGAGCCGAAGCCGAUUUGAAAAUGAAAUGGCGAUCAAUGGAUCAAAUGGUGCGAGAUUUGAUGGACCAACAGCUUGCCUUCCAGCAUCAUAACUAG